AUGGCACUGGCUCAGGAGCUCUAUGCCAUUCCAGCUGCCAAGCUGGACUCCUUUGUGGCUCAGUGGUUACAGCCCACCUGGGAAUGGAAAGAAGAGGUGUUGGAGGUGGUGCGGACCGUGGAGCAAUUCCUGAGGCAGGAGAACUUCCAGGGAGAACGUGGCCUCGACCAGGAGGUGCGGGUGCAGAAGACGGUCAAGGUGGGCUCCUUUGGGAAUGGCACAGUGCUCAGGAGUACUGCGGACCUGGAGCUGGUGGUGUUCCUGAGCUGUUUCCACAGCUUUCAGGAAGAGGCCAAGUACCACCACGCUGCUCUGAGCCUGAUGUGGAGAAAGGUGUGCUACAGCCAGGACCUGCUGGCCCUCGGGCUCAGGGACCUGAGAAUGACUCAAGGAGUCCCCGGUGCUCUCGUCUUCACCAUCCACACCAGGGACACCGGGGAGCCCAUGCAAGUCACCGUCGUGCCUGCCUAUCAAGCCCUGGGACCUUCAGUUCCCAACCCUCAGUCACUCCCUGAGGUCUAUGUAAAUCUGAUCAAAGCCAACGGCUACCCUGGCCAUUUUUCUCCAUCCUUUGGAGAGCUGCGGAGAAACUUCGUGAGACACCGACCAACUAAGCUGAAGAGUUUCUUGCGGUUGGUCAAGCAUUGGUACCAACAGUAUGUGAAAGCCAAGUGUCCCAGGGCCAAUCUGCCUCCCUUCUAUGCCCUUGAGCUAUUGACCAUCUAUGCCUGGGAAGUGGGCACCUGGGAGGAUACAAACUUUAGGUUGGAUGAAGGCCUUACCACUGUGAUGGAAUUACUCCAGGAGUAUGAACUCAUCUGCAUCUACUGGACCACGUUCUACACCUUACAGAAUCCAGUCAUUGAGGCCUUUGUCAGAAAACAGCUCAAAAAAGAAAGGCCCAUCAUCCUGGACCCGACAGACCCCACCCACAAUGUGGCAGAAGGGUACAGAUGGGAUAUAGUUGCUCAGAGGGCUACCCAGUGCCUGAAACAGGACUGUUGUUAUGACAAGAGGGACACCCCUGUCCCCAGCUGGACUGUGAAGAGAGCCCGAGAUAUUCAGGUGACGGUGGAGCAGUGGGGUCACUCCGACUUGACCUUCUGGGUGAACCCUUAUGACUCCAUAAAGAAGGUCAAGCAGAGAAUCCAACGGAGCCGGGCCUUCUGGGGCCUGCAGCGCCUGUCCUUCCAGGAGCCCGGAGCUGAGCGGCAGCUUCUCAGCAGCCAGUGCUCUCUGGCCUCUUACGGGAUCUUCUCGGACACCCACAUCUACCUGUUGGACACCAUCUCCCCCGAGAUCCAGGUCUUCGUGAAGAAUCCAGAUGGAGGAAGUGACGCCUAUGCCGUCCACCCCAGUGACUUCAUCCUAAACCUGAAGCAGCAGGUGGAAGAGAGGCAUGGGCUGCACAGCAAGCAACAGCAGUUACAGUUCCGGGGCCAGGUCCUGCACGACUUGUGGGAUUUCUCAUUCUACGGCAUCCAAGACAGCGUCACCCUCGUCCUGUCCAAGAAGAGGGAGGGCAAGGCUCCAUUUGCACCCAGAUAGUUCCUCUGGAAACUUCUCCGUACUUGUGUAAUCUGUCUCACGCCAAUGUCAGUCUAUCCAUCAGCCCCAGUUCUCUACUGGGCCCCAUGUCUUCCCAGUACCUUGCUGGUAGAGGACUGGGAGAAAUAUGAGAAUGAAUACAUACAGGACAAUGGCCACACCCUGUGUGACAAGAGAAUUCUGACCCAUGACCUCCUGAAGCCACUGUGUAGGAGGCCAAACCGUCCCUUUGCAGCACUCAACCCAAAUCUCUCAGGAAGUGCUAGAGGGCUGGCUCAGAGGAAGCCAGAUGAUCUCCCCAAACAGCCACAUAGACAUCCAGCCCUGCUUCUCUCAUCCACCUUCCCCACGCCAACAACCUCGGUCAAGGCAUACCUGAAACUUUCCCAUUUUCUUCUAGGCCUUUCUAGUCCCCUGCCUACCUCUGGCCAUCUGUCAAAGGCAAGGGGUAGAGCCUGGUUGCUUUGCAAGUUGAGGAAAAAAUCUGCCUGUGUUAAUUCUCAUUUGGAUAGUCUUUGUUCAUUUUCCACAGUUACCGAUGCCACCCUAAUGGUUAAUUACUUAGUCAUUUUAGUCUCUCAACUCAGGAUUGAGGAUGGUAGGGAAAAAGAGAUGAAAAGAGGCAAAGAGAUGGGAGACCGAAGAUGAGCCAGUGUAAAUCUUGGGUCUCAGGGGAUGGCUCUGUGGUUAGCAGUGUUUGGGGUGGAAGCCUGAGUAUCUGAGUUCAGAUCUCAGAACCCACGUAAAGCCAGAUGCAGUAACACAAGCAUCUGUAGUCCUACUGUGCCUAAGAUGAGAUGAGAGGCAGAGACAGGAGCAUCGCCCAGAACCUGCAAGUCAGCUAGCCUGGUGCAUGCAGCAGUGAACCAGAGACCCUACCUCAAGCAAGGUGAAUGGAGAGGCCCAACACAAGAGACAGUCCUCUGACACAGUGGCCAUGGUAUUCAUGACCUCGCAGUGGCUGAUGCUGCUACACAAGACCUGCAUGAUAGGAGGGGGAAAUGAUGACAGC